AUGUCGUUCACGGCAAGCGAUUCCUCUUCAGUCCAAACGUACAACUUCACCGGCAUCGACAAUACUCAUGGGAGCAUCAACUCCAAAUCCAGCCUAAGGCGGAAGAGGAAGCACGACUGGCGGCCAGCCAAUCGCCUCCCGACAUCGCACGGGGUGUCCCCAUCUUUCCCUGGAAGACUUAAGGCAGCCUCGCCAUGGUCUGAGCGCGACAUGAGCUCGGACUGCGUGAUGAACAGGUGGACGGCAAGCUUCGAUGCGGAUCGAGCUCGGUUCCAAUCUAUCUCGGUUAUGUGCGAGCAACGACUGCGAAAGAUUGCUUCGCUACAAGAAUCGCUGGUUCUGAAAGAGAAGCACGAAGGAACUUUACUCAACAAUCUUACCAGCGCAAGAAACUCCAUGAGAUCAUUGCUUGGCAAGGACUCCUUGCUAAUCACGAGAUUCAUAUUUAGGAGCUGGAAGGCGGUAAUGGAGGAUACCAGCGCGUUACGAAGACGUUUCCAGCGAGUGCAAGAUCACCGGAAUGGCUCACGAGAGAACAGAGUGCUGAUGGCAUCGGUGACCAAAAUGGCGCUAGCCGCUAAAGUAGCAGAGAAUCGGAUCCGGUUGGAUAUAGGCGAUGACUUAUCCAUCGAAGAUGAGGAUAUGGGCGUUGGACACUCUACGACGGGUACACAGACUGAUCCGGUAUCCUUUGACAAUCCGUCCGGCGGACGAGUGCCUGGUGGAGAUUCACACACAGCGUCGUCAGGAAGCAAGGAGGAAGCACUGACGCCAAAGACCAGCAACAACAAGCUGCCCAACGAGGACCACGGAGGUCUGAGGAAGGUAUCGAGAGAGCAACGGGUGGCUGAGCAAGGCUGUUUUUUUGUUGGUAUCAUGGGAUACGUGGACAUUUUGCCAGGCAAAGGCGGCUGA